AAAAGAAAAAAGAAAGCGGAGUAAAAGUCAAACAGCAGAAACAAAGAAAGUGUAAGCAGAAGUUUAAUAAAUUUUAAAAGCUGCUUAUGAAGCGCGCGCUACAUUAAAACUGACGUGGAAGAUAAAGUAUAUAUUUUAUUCGAUUAAGUCUGACGUCAGACGCUCUCGCGUGAGUGGAUAUUUUCUUUCAGAGUGCAGGUUAGGUGGGAGGGACUCGCUCUGCUCGGGGAGGUUAAACGCAGGAGAUGGGUGGAUCUCUCCUGCGCUAGUCGGAGUUUCGUGUGGACCACAGCCGCGGCAGGACGCGUAUCUUUGUGGCGGAGCGCGCGCUGAUUAAAAAAAGCUAUAGAAGCUAAGAGAUUUUGUCUUUUACAACCUCAAAGUUUGUUUUUUUAUCGUGGAACUUCUCUCUGCAUAAGUCCAGCCGCUCAUGCUGUGGUGGGAUGAAUUUGGACAGAAUCGCAGAGGCAGUCAGAGCGCCGCCGAGCCGGGACGUGGCGUUUCAUUUACAGCGAACUUCAAACAGCAGCCGAGAAACUUUAGAGAACUCAAGCAGCGAGUCUUCAGAGGCAGAACUGGCAGACAAGGAGAGGAGCGCCGAGCACCGGAGCGAUGACGGCAACGCGGACGACCCCAAGAAGAAGAAGCAGCGGCGGCAGCGGACUCACUUCACUAGCCAACAGCUGCAGGAGCUGGAGGCCACCUUCCAAAGGAACCGCUACCCGGACAUGAGCACCAGAGAGGAGAUCGCUGUUUGGACCAACCUAACCGAAGCUAGAGUUCGGGUGUGGUUCAAAAACCGCCGGGCCAAGUGGAGGAAGCGGGAGCGGAAUCAGCAGAUGGACCUGUGUAAGAACAGCUACCUGCCCCAGUUCAGCGGACUCAUGCAGCCCUACGACGACAUGUACCCAGCGGCUUACACCUACAACAACUGGACCAACAAGGGCCUGACCCCGGCGCCGCUCUCCACUAAGAACUUCACCUUCUUCAACUCCAUGAGCCCCCUCACGUCCCAGUCCAUGUUCUCCGCACCCAACUCCAUCUCCUCCAUGACUAUGGCUUCCGGGAUGGGCCACUCCGCCGUGCCGGGCAUGCCGGCUCCGGGUCUCAACAACAUCAGCAACCUGAACGGGAUCGGCACGUCUGGCAUCAACUCAGCCAUGUCGUCCUCCGCGUGUCCGUACGGGCCUCCCGGCUCGCCGUACAGUGUUUACCGGGACACUUGUAACUCCAGCCUGGCCACGUUAAGACUCAAGUCCAAACAGCACCCCACGUUUGGAUACAGCGGCCUGCAGAGCCCCGGAUCCAGCCUGAACGCCUGUCAGUACAACAGCUGACGGGACGCGUCUGACGUCUGAACAGAGCCCAGGUCAAAGGUCACCUGCGGAUGGGAGCAAAAAAAGACAACUAAACUGGAUUAGUUGCAUUUAUUUUCGCAAGGGGGAAGAAGAAAUGGAUCAUGCGGGUUACAUGUUUACGGACUUGCACAGCAAUGAAACCAUCCCGUUUUUUGGGGAUUUUUAUCAAAACGAUGAAGAGUUACAUUGCUGCAUUGUACAUGUGAAAUGUAAAUAUGUAAACAUGUCUAACAUGAAACAAGGGGACUUUUAUUUUCCUUUUCAUUUUGUUGUCCUUCAUUUGGAAGACUGGGAGGUCUGGACCCAAAUAAGACUUUAAAAAAACAAAACAAAAACAAAAUCAAAACAAAAAAAAAGCGAUAAAACAAAAGAGGAGAUCUUGUUAUUUGUACAUAUUUUAUACAGCUUCUGUGUGCUUCUGCUUUAUCAACAUGCUGGGUGCCCCCAUACCCACUCUACUCAUUGACGCGCUUCUUUGCUUUAAUAAUAAUAAUAAUGAUAUCAAUAAACCGCAUGUUUAACUUGAAUUGCUCAUGUAAAAAGGUUCUUUAAACUGUAUAAAAAGUGAUUAAAAGUUUUCAUGUGUUUAUUGUAACAUGUUUAAAUAAAUUCCAGGAAAAGAGGUUUAUUCAA